UAAGUCGUGAGACAAGUUAUUUAGUUGCGAUUUGAAAACAGCCGCGGUCACAUCAAGCUUCAACAUGAGAACAAUCUUUGCUAUAGUUUUUGCUGCAGUUUCACUGUUUGGAUCAUUUGUGUAUGGAAAUGAUUAUCCUAACAAAUUUCAUUGCAUCUAUGGAUGCAAACAGACUAAUGCAGUGAACAAUUACAAUCACCCCGUUAACUACAUUCCAAUGGAGAACUUUGAGAAUGCUGGAGCUGGGGUGAACUCAACUUUCUUCCGGAUAGGCAUCUUCGGUAAAAGCGAUGCUAUCAUUCGUUUCUCCAAGUUUCCGAUGCCCUACAACAAAAAUAUUGUACAUGAGAUUGUUGUCGGAGCUGGAGCUAACCAUUUCACCGAAAUAAGACGGCAGACGAGAUUCAACAAGUUGGUACAUACCAAUCACGUGCUUAAAAAAAUAAGAACUCCUGACAUACUUCCUGAGAUGGAGCCGUUCGUACUGCAGGUGGAAUUUGUUCAAGAUGGAUCAGUUCGCUUGACCAGAGACGGCGACACGGAACCAUUUUUGGAGUUUUGCGACCCGGACGCUGAGAUAAGCUACAAAUAUAUUGGGUUCUCCAACUGGCUGUCCAAAAUGAUCUACUUUUUCGAUUGCCCAGUGUAUAAUUUCGAUGUUAGGUUCAAUAAUCUUAACAUGUUGUAAACAAUACUAUGUAUCUUCCAUGACAUAAUACUCAAUGAUAAGUAAGUAAAUGUUCGUUGUUGGAUUCAAAGGUUCUGAGAUAUUUUAUUCGUUUGUGGGAACUAUAUAGCAGUUAAAACUCUGGAAACUUGA